AUUCGAUGAAUGCUGUUUUAACAGAAUGGAACUUACUCAAAAAUAUUUGCAGGGAAAGUACGCUUUAAUAACUGGAUCUACAUCCGGCAUUGGCCUAGCAAUAGCGAAAAGCUUGGCCGUUAAAGGGUGUAACGUUAUCUUGAAUGGAUUUGGCAGUGAAGAAGAAAUUGAUAAAAUUAAAGAAACUAUUCAAAGCGAUUAUGACGUGACUGUUCAUUACUGCUAUUGUGAUUUAGCCAAGGCAGAGGAUAUUGAUAAUUUAGUCCAAGAAGUCUUUUCUCUUUGUCCAACACUUGAUAUUCUAGUUAAUAAUGCAGGUUUCCAAAAAUCUGCCGAAAUUGAAGAUUUAACAAUUGAAAACUGGCAAAAAAAUAUAGAUGUUAUGCUAACUGCUCCGUUUAAAUUGAUUAAGGCUUUCCUUCCUAAAAUGAGAGACGAAGAAUUUGGAAGGAUAAUCAAUGUAUCUUCCAUCCUAGGAUCACUAGGAUCUACUGGCGAAGCGGCAUAUUGUUCGGUAAAACACGGUAUUAUAGGUUUAACGAAAGCUGUAGCACUGGAGGUUGCGGAAGCUAACAUCACUUGUAAUGUAAUAUGUCCCGGGGCUGUUAAAACUCCACUUUUCAUGACUUAUAUCAAGGUCAUGUCGGAAACUUCCGGAAUUCGCGAGAAGAAAAUACUACAUGAAGCUAUGGACAAAUUUCCCUCCAAGGACUGGGUUCCCGUCGAAAGCGUUUGUUUCUUUUCCUAAUAUACCUUUAUACUGUAAAUUACAAAUACAAUGUAAUAAUUGAAGUAUUUCUUCUUCAAAAGAUCUCCGAGAUGAUAGCUUUUCUCUGCUCGCAUUCCGCAAGAGGAACUAAUGGAAGUACAUUAGUCAUCGAUGCGGCAACAUCUAUUGAUUAACUUGAGAGUAAAAGGCUAUUGAAUAUUGAAAUAAUCUUGCUCUUGUUCAUGUUCAUGUCUUGUUGUUCUUCAAAUUUAAAGGCUAGUUAUGAAUACAAUUGAAGUUACAAGUGGGUUAAAAAGUUUUAGGAACAUUGGGAACAUUUUCAUUUUCUUUUGUAUAUAGCAUAGAAUUUUAUUGAAAAACUUAGUCGAAACUUGUAGAAUAUGGGAUAAAAGAGGAAUAAUUAAUCAAAAAAAUGUGGUCGUUUAAAAUCCAAAUACAUACUUUAGAUUGAUAAAUUUCCUAUGUAAUACAAUGAACCUCUAUGAUAUUGAAUCACUUUUUCUCUUUGUAGUUAACCACAAAAUUGCUUAGAUUCUUUCAAUUGUGUAUAGUGAAUAAAUGGAUCAUCAAAUGUUCAAAAUUUUCUUCUAAACCCGAUCCUUCUUCACUAUAAAUAUUGAUUUCUUUUAUCCCCGCUAUUAAAAUACCAUUGUCAUGUUACUAGGCGGGACAAAAACCAGUUUUUACUGCUACUUUACUAUUUAAGGCUACUUUCAAAGGGAUAGUUUAAUAUCCUACAUUAAAAG